AUGGUUAGAACUAGAGGUGCAUCAUCUUAUCGUGGUGAGGCUUCAUUCUCUCGUGGUGAGCCAUCAUCUUCAUCACAUGAUAAAAGGAGGCGACCUACGCCAUUUGCUCGUAGAAGACGGGUAGAAGAAUAUCGCGUGGACGUCAUUGAUGAGCAUGAUUAUGAGGAGUGGGACGAGUUUAUACAGCAUGGACAUGGUGAGGAUGAUUAUGUUGAGCAGGAGGAUGAUUAUGUUGAGCAGGAGGAUGUUCAACAGCAGGAUGACUCUAGUGAGGAAGAACUUGAAGCUGGAGGUGAAGAUGGUGGAUUCCCAGGAGGUCCACAUGACACCUCCUUACUUACCCACUAUACCCAACAUGUUGCAUUUGCCAUAUGGCAAGGCCGAGAUCGAAGGUGGAUAAAGGUGGUCUUCCAUGGCAAAAAAUUGAAGCAUUUUGGAAUGUACCAUGAGGUCAUUGAGCCUUAUAUCUCCAUGUCAGGGUUGGGUUAUUUAAUGAACCUCUCAUACGAGUAUGUCGAUCAUGGAUUGAUCGUUGUCCUUUCAGAGGGGUGGCACCUAGAGACUAAUACUUUUCACCUACUGAUAGGUGAGAUGAGUGUCACAUUAGAUGACGUUCUGAAUCUGCUCUACCUACCCGUCAUGGGUCAAUUUUGUGAGGUUGAGAAGUUAGAGUAUGAUGAGGCUCGAUCUCAUAUCAUGGAGCUGCUUGGUGUGGACCGCGCCAAAGCUUCAGCUGAGAUGAAACAAUCACGCGGUCUAAAAGUUAGGCUCAGGUGGCUACGCGAGAGUUGGAUAUAUGAGCACUUUCCUGCCAUGGGAAGGAGGAAAGUGUUUGAGAGCUACACAGACCUUGAUCCACGUGCUUCACGAUACAUACCUCUGAGGGUGGGUUGGAGUUUGACUGAGGGCCGGACAUAUCUGGAUGCCCUCACUUAUGAUGCGGUUAUUUGGCAUCCAUACGUUUCGCACAGAUGUACAUGCCUAUUCGUGGCCAUAUCUAUGUUUUCGGGAUGGAUCCGACUAGGCGACAUGAUUCAUCGGCAUCUACCUGAACGCGUGUUGCAGCAUGCCAUUACUAGUGUCGUUGAAGCUCAUGAGCCAUAUGCGUGUGUUGAUGGAUAG